UUCAGACAGACAGACGGUGUUUUUCGAUCUGCGAGUGCAAGCAAGGACAAGGAAGAAGAACGAUGGGCGUAUAAUUUUCCUAAAGGAAAUUCAUUUCCUAAAUUGAUAGUUUUUCCUCGGGGCAAUCGGAGUGCAAUUGUUACAAAGAUUGAUUAUUGUUCCAAACCGGAGGGUAGCAAGUUCCUCUCAUUAGUGCAGUAAAAUCUUCAGACACAUUCCCGGAAAAUUUGAUACUGUAAAGUAAUUGUGUUGCCAUCAUUAUUGAUUACAUAUUGCCGCUUGCAAGGUGAAGGAGUUUUCACCAAUAGUCGACGGAGAUAAUUUACAUUUCCUUGCGGAUAAGUGCUUGUCAAUUUUUCGACACUUUUUCCCGGUUGGCUAAAGUCCUAAGUUCGGGACCAUGGAUUUGAGGAAUAAAGUUGCCCUGGUGACGGGAGCAGCAACAGGCCUCGGAAGAGCCUUCUGCGAGGAGUUGCUGAAGCAUGGCGCCAAGGUUUCCAUUUGUGAUUUGGAUUCGGAUGCGGGGGAGCUGACGGCCCGGGAGCUGGAGCAUGAAUUCGGUGCCAAUCGGGUGCUGUUCUGUCACUGUGAUGUUACCGAUUACAUUCAGUUUGAGGAGGCCUUCCAAUAUACAAAGACCAUCUUCAACGAAAUAGACAUCGUGAUCAACAAUGCCGAGAUCAUGAACGAUAAAUUUUGGGAACUUGAAGUCGAUGUCAAUCUGAACGGAGCCAUCCGCGGUACCUUGCUGGCUCAGCAGUUUAUGAGCAAGGACAAGGGCGGCAACGGAGGUGUUCUGGUCAACAUCGGAUCGGCGGUCAGCGUUAAGCCACAAUUGUCCACUCCGAUUUACACGGCCACGAAGCACGCCAUCCUGGGAAUGACCAAGUCCUGCGGUGAUCCGUAUCACUUCAAUAUCACUAACAUCCGGACGUUUGCCUACUGCCCUGGACCGAUAGAAAAUUCCUUCUCCCACAACAAGCGCUUCAGUUCACCGGCACACGAAAAGGCCUGGAAACUGGACAUAUCUGGAGUACAGUUCCAGAAAUUAGAACAUGUGGCCAGAGAAUUGAUCCCGCUGCUUAAAAAUGCCCCCACCGGCUCGAUUUGGCUGGUGACUAACGGGAAAGCUCCCAGAGAAAUACCCUACAGUAGUCACUAAAUUUUAAAAUUGAUUUCCAAUCAACCCUUUGAUAACAUUGCUACGCAAACUAAUCAAACCAUUCUUCAAAGCUAAAUGAAUUCAACCAUUAGAUAUAUCAAAACAUUGACACCGUUCAGCCAUAAUUGCAAAUUAUGUAACUUUACUAACAUUUACCUAAAUCACAUAUAUUUACCAUACAUCUGUCGCAGAGUGGACAGUUAAACAAACUAAUUGGAGUGUCAUCUUUAGCAUUAAAUUGUACCAGUAUUAUGUAAAACAUGAGAAAUAGGUCUCUUGUAUUUCUACUACAGAAGAUAGGUAAGAGAAAGAUGAACUUACUGUCCCAUCUCUUUAAAAAGAAAAUAUGUAGAUCUGUUUCUGUGCGAAUGGUCACCUUACGUGAUGUAGCAUAACAAAAUUUGAUUCAUCAGAAUCUCUAGUUUUAGCAGAAUAGAAUAAAAACGGGAAGUAAAACUUUUGAUACAGCAUUCAUUAGAUGAACCAAAAAACCAUCGACAUUCAAUAUCAUAAAAAACUGAUACACUUUUCAUAUUUUCUACGAGAAAAUAGAUGUUUGCAAAACUCCUUGAAUGUAUUUAAACCUGUGAUGGUGGGGAGAAAUUUCCGCCAAUGGAUAAUGGAUUCCCCGAGUUUUGUUUCUACUAUUUUCACGAGAAAAUUUGAACACUUUAACAUAACUACCGGAUCGCAUCACUCAACAUACCAAUCAACCAACCUACAUGUCAGCGUACGAAAAGAUAAAAAAAGGUAUAUUUAUUGCGACAUACAUUAUUAUGAUAACUAUUAUUAUCGCUUUUGAUAAAUCACAAAAAACUGCAAUAAAUUUUGUGAAAUAUGUAUUAAAAAUUA